GUCACUUUGUCAUUCGACGUCACUUAAAGCGUCUACUGUCAAUAUGAUGAGCGAAUUGUUCGGAUCAGGAUUUGAAAAUUCAGCUUUGUUAACGGCUAGACCGGAUUUAGUUGCGGAUAUGCCGAAGCAUUCAACAAAUGCGCAACAUCCGCCGCCGUUAAUGAAACCGGAUUCAUUCUAUUCUGGAAUGGGAAGUCACGGCCCAACAGGAAAUUCCGGAGAUCUACCUGUUUCAAGGUCUCAGCAUCAGAUGCACCAUUUUCAAACUCAUUAUAUGGGAAAUUCUGGUAUGCAUGAUCAAGCAAUGCUCGAUCAAUUAGGGGCUGUUGCUAACUCUCUUCCAGCUCCUCAUCUAAGCGAUCAUAUGCAACAUCAAAUGAUGUAUUCCCAGGCCUAUAGUACCCAAGCCCCUCAUCCUGUUGGACACGCUUCUUUCGGAGCUCCUCCCCAUUCUUCAAUUUCUCAUUCUGCUAUUCAGGAAUUGGAUUGCGAUCCAAGAGAGUUAGAAGCCUUUGCCGAGCGUUUUAAACAAAGGAGAAUAAAAUUAGGGGUUACUCAAGCUGACGUUGGAAAGGCUUUGGGUAAUUUGAAAUUGCCUGGUGUCGGCUCUCUCAGUCAGAGUACAAUCUGUAGAUUUGAGUCUUUGACUUUGAGUCAUAACAAUAUGAUCGCUCUUAAACCAGUUUUAGCUGCCUGGUUAGAUGAGGCUGAGAGGCAAGCUCGCGAAAACAACGUAACAAGAGAAAUAUUUCAUUCGGCGGCCGACAGAAAGAGAAAGCGAACAUCUAUUGCAGCUCCGGAAAAAAGAUCUUUGGAAGCUUACUUCGCCGUUCAACCAAGACCUUCCGGUGAGAAAAUAGCUCAAAUCGCAGAUAAGUUGAGCUUAAAAAAGAGCGUUGUUCGAGUAUGGUUUUGCAAUCAACGCCAGAAGCAAAAAAGGAUGAAGUUCGCUGCUUUGGGUCACCUUUCUAAUCGUUGAGGGAGAGCACUAAACAUUUUUAUCUUUAAAUUGUUUCUUUUACUUUGUUUUAUCAAUCAUAAAAAACCUACUUAAAAAUUAAAUACCCUUUUUUUUUUAACAAUAUGGUCUAAUUAAUAAGGUUAUAAUGCUAUCACAGAAAAUUAUCUUUGUGCGACUAUACUUGUAUAUUCAUCUUUCCUUUCAUUAUUAAAAUUGUAGUGCCUUGUUAUUGUAUCAGUCCUAAAGCCCGUCCAAGUUCUAUUCAAGUUAAACAAUUGGGAUUGCCGUGUAUACUUAUCUUUUAUUUUGUAAAUAUAUCGAAAAUGGUCACUUAUGCAUUUUUAUGUACUUUCAUAUAGAAUAAAUACAGGUACAUAUUACGUCGGAGAUAACAUGAAUAAUAAACAUUUUUGGGUUGUAUUUCUAAUGUUAACAAUAGAAAAUCAAUAGCUUUAUGCCAUACUAAAAGUUAGCUCUAACUUAAAUAUGAAUAACAAAAACUGGAAUGUAGUUGAAAAAUUAUCGGCGAUUGAUUAUGAUAGAUAUAUCACGUAGAUGGCGUCUUGUACGUAGAAUAUUCAAAUGAGAUAUGAAAAGAUACUAAUAAUUUUUACUUUUAUUUCACAUCUAUUGAGUAAAUUCUAUGAAUAUCAGUUUCGUUACAAUUUCAAACAUAAGAUGAUAAUGAUACAAAUGGUAUUAAUAGCUAAAGAAAAGAUAACAAAAAUGAUAAAAAUAUUACAUAACAAAGUAAUAUUUAAAGUAUAGUUUCUUUUAGAACAAUACAUUAAAAGGAAUGUUAAACUUACCACAACGACUUAUUUAUUAUCAUUGAAUGUUAAGAUUAUCCUUUAAGUAAUUUCAUAGAUUAAAAGCAAAUCUUAGGUUAAAACUUAUGCAUCAACUGUCUUUCGAAUGUGUUUUUUUCUCUCUGCUCCUCUAUUUAACGAAGAAUCAUACCUAUUUAAUAAUCUAAAUCAUAUUGUAAUGAUAAUAAAAUAAAGUAUCUUAACUAUUCGUUAUUUAUAAUAAUCCGAAAAGGUGUUUUUAAUUAUGCAGGUUUUAAUAGAUUCCCAUGAUUAAACAGUUAGAAAUAUUUAAAAUCAAUUCUUACUAACUAUAAAUUAUAAAAAAUUUCACAACCAUUUUCUAUUAUAUCUUAAUUUAUUCGAUUUUAUUUAUUUAAUAAAUAUCUAUUAAAAUCUAAAAUAUUAAUUAAUUAUUUGACUUAUUUAGUUAA